AUGGGAGACUCUUGGGAGGAUGACUGGGAUAGCGACAGCUUCCAGGUGAAGCUGCCCGGCGGCGGAGACGCCGAUGGCUUGACGGCGGGCCAGGCCGCGCUCGCGGCCGCGGUUUACGACCCCUCGAAGUUCGCGGACGAGGACGAGUCCGGCGCGGAGCCCACGGGGAGGCAGACGCAAGCCCCUGCCUCGCGCCCCAAGAACGAGGCCAAGAAGAAGAUCGGCGCCGGGAAGGAGCACAUAGGCAUGGACGACGUCCCCCUGGACGACCCGGAGGCGGAGCGCCUGCGGCAGCAGCGGCGCGUCGAGGAGGCCGACCUCCGCGCGGCGCAGGAGCUCUUCGCAGGCACGGGGAUCAAGAGCGAGCUGGACGGGUUCGUUCCGAAGAGCAAGGGCGAUUUCGAGCGGUGGGGGGAGAUCGUCGCGAAGGAGCACGUGCUGCUGUGGCACGGGCAGCCCGGGGCGCACUACAAGGCGCUGUGCAAGGUGCUGAUGCGGCAAAUGAUCGACAAGAUGACGCUGGUGGAGGUGAAGGACAUGGAGAAGGAGCUCGUGGAGGUGCGGAAGCUGAAGGAGAAGGAGGAGGCGGAGCGGAAGGCGGCGGGCACGAAGAAGGGCGGGAAGAAGUUUGCCAACAAGAUCAACUUGGGGUCGACCGCGGGGCUCGACGACGACCGGUACGACGACGCGGGGGCCGGGGACGACUUCGACUUCAUGUGA